GUCAACACAAUCAGCAGGAGUUUUGCAUGACAUGUUCUGAGCGUAAAUUAAAUGGCCUGAUAAGCGGGCAGCUCUGGCAACGUAAAACGUUUCCGUAGCCAAACUCUGCUCUUUAGUCGUCCAUCGACAACGUUUGGAAGCGGAGGCCAUCAAUCAUCUGAAGAAAAUGUAUUUGCUGCUGCUGCUUCUUCUUGUGGUUGCCAGCUGCCAUUUGGCGGCCAGCGACAUCUUCGAGCAGUGCAACGCGGCGAAUAAUAAUAAUUUUGUGGAAUCGAAUAAGAGCUGCACCCAUUUCGUGUUCUGCAGCGGCGAGGAUUCCUUCGAGGGCGAAUGCCCCGAGGAGUAUGACUAUUUCAAUGCCCAGCUGGGCAUGUGUGAGCCCAUGCAGGAUGUGGACUGUCGCACCGGCUUGCCGCUGCAAAUGCCGGAGGCUGCCGGCUCGAUCACAGUCACCGAAUUGCCAGCAGUUACAGUCACAGUCACAGUCGUGACUGAUAUGGUGACCGAUGUCGUGACCGCCUCCAGCCUGGCCACGUCCUCUGCGACAGCUGCUCCGACAACGGCUGCCAGCGUUGGGGAGCAUCAGGUGAUCACCCUGGUGGCCAGCGCUUGCCCAGCCACGGAUAAUUACAAUCAGAUUGUGCUGAUGGGCCACGACAAGUCCUGCACGGAGUACUUCAUAUGCUAUCACGGCAAGCCGCUGGCCAUGACCUGCGCCUCCAUGCUGCACUUCAAUGUCAAGACCGGCAAAUGCGACAAGGCCGAAAUAGUCAACUGCCUGCGAUCGACUAUAAGCGUGCGGGAACAAUGCAAGUCGCAUACCGUGGAUAUCUAUCCGCAUCCCGAUAACUGCAACUAUUUCUACUAUUGCCGCAAUGGUUACCUGAUGCUCCAGCAGUGCCCCUUCUUCUACGGCUGGGACUACGAGAAGCGCUCCUGUGUGGCGAUCGCGCAUGCCAAGUGCUAUGGCAGAACCCGACUAUUCAAAUAAAUUCCAUUUAUGCAAAAUCUAAUUUACUUUAAA